AUGGCGGAGGUCGACAAUAGAAGCCAGCUACUGUCACGGAGAGCUACACUGCUUGCUGCUCUGGGUCGGGCAGAGGUUUUUGCUGUGGAGUACGACGCUCUUCGUGACGAAUCGCAGGUACCUUUGAGGUUGGAGUACCUGAACGGAAUUUGGAAUAAUUUGGAGACCGUUCAAGCGGAACUGGAGGACAACGAAACCAACGAAGAUGGUAAGGUCGAGCAUGCUACUGUGCGUGCUGAUUUCGAGCCCCGGCUCUUUAAAAUAAAAGCAUGUCUUAUUUCAAAAUUGUCUCCUCUUCCUAACGAUCGGAGCCCUCAACCCUCUCGUGUAUCCUCCACUCUCUCUGGCAUCAAGCUGCCAACAAUUUCAUUGCCUGAGUUCAAUGGUGAUUACAUGCAAUGGCUUGCAUUCCACGAUACUUUCUUGGCAUUGAUUCAUUCAAACUCUGAGGUCCCGGAUAUUCAGAAAUUCCACUAUUUGAGGGCAGCUGUCAAGGGGGAAGCUGCUCAGUUGAUUGAAUCGAUCGGUAUCAGCUCUGCGAACUAUUCUUUAGCAUGGCAAACUUUAGAAAGUAGGUAUUCCAACGAUUAUUUGCUGAAGAAGCGUCACUUGCAGGCACUGUUGGACAUUCCGAGGAUGAAGAAGGAGUCUGCUGCUGCGCUUCACGGGUUGGUGGACGAAUUUGAACGUCACACCAAGAUUCUUCGACAACUAGGAGAACCAACCGACGCCUGGAGUACCAUUUUGGAGCAUCUGCUAUGCACGCGUCUGCACGAUGACUCUUUGAAGGCAUGGGAAGACCAUGCAUCUACCGUCGACAAUCCGGAUUACACUUGUCUCAUAGAUUUUCUGCAACGAAGAACUCGAGUACUGGAAUCGAUCUCAGUCAACCAUCAAACUGCUGAUUCGCAUUCCGCUUCUGAUCCACCAGCUCAUUCGUCGAAGAGAACAUUCCAUUCACAGCUUCGUCUCUCUUCUUCUGCCUCCACAGCGAGUUUACCAGUAACACAUGUUGGUGAGAAAUGUGUCCUCUGUAACCAGUCCCAUUUACUGAUGAGAUGUCAGCGUUUUAACCGACUUUCGUCGAGUGAACGUCAGCAGCUUGUGAAAUCAAUACGUCUGUGUCACAACUGUAUGAAAGGUGAUCACAUUGCCCGCAGUUGUCCAUCCAAUUUCAACUGCCGUAAGUGCAGCCGUCGUCAUCACACUCUUCUCCACUCUGAACAGCCCGACGGUCCCAGUCGAUUCAACAAUGAGGGUACAUAUACCGCUCCAGCUACAACCACUUCGACUUCUUCGCAGCCCAGUGGGUCUUCUGCAGCACAACCCGAGAGCAUCCCGCAAACUGAAGUCAGUGCCACUGUCCAGCAGUACCGUGAGAACGUGUUCCUUCUCACCGUGAUCGUUAAGGUGAUCGAUGCGUACGGUGAAGAGCAUCUAGCGCGCGCACUUCUCGACAGCGCAUCGCAACCGAACCUCAUCACAGAUCGUAUGGCUCAUAUUCUACGCCUUCGAAGGCAGAAUGUGAACGUCACAGUACAAGGGGCCGCCAAACUUUCAAAGCCAGUACGUGAAUCCGUUUUCGCUCAUGUUUUUUCUAGAAAGGGUGAUUUUUCGUGCAGCGUCGACUUUCUUGUGAUGGACAAAGUAACGGCGAACCUUCCAUCGCAAACCAUAUCAACAAAAGAAUGGCACAUUCCGAAGGACUUAUUUCUUGCAGAUCCGUCUUUCAACGAGAGUCAGCCAAUCGACAUGGUGCUAGGUGCCAAACAUUUCUACUCGUUCUUCCCGAGUGCUGCACGCCUGCAGCUGGGCCGAAACCUUCCUCUACUGGUGGACAGUGUCUUCGGCUGGAUUGUUGCUGGGUCGACAAACCAAAAUUCCCCUAUACAAGUGACGUCACCCACCUCUAUGGUUGUUUCGAUGAUUUCUUUGGAGGACAGUCUAGAGCGUUUCUGGAAAACUGAAGAGCUGACUACCAAGGACAACUACUCUGUUGAAGAAAGGCACUGUGAAUCGUUGUAUCAAUCAACCGUAUCCCGUGAUCCUACAGGACGAUACAUCGUUCGGUAUCCCCGUAAACCAGACUUCAACGUUAUGCUAGGAGAGUCGAAGAGCAUUGCACAACGCCGUUUCGGACUACUUGAAAGGCGUUUGGAACGAGACCCAAACCUAAAAGAUGAAUACCAUUUGUUUAUGCGAGAGUACCUCUCCCUCGGCCAUAUGCGGCUGGUCGAAGCGGACGACGAACACCACUCUCAAGCCUACUAUCUGCCCCACCACCCCGUAAUUAAGGAAGCAAGUACGACGACCAAGGUUCGGGUCGUAUUUGACGGCUCGGCCAAAACUUCUACCGGCUUCUCUCUAAAUGAAGCUCUUUGCGUGGGUCCUGUGGUACAAGACGAUCUUUUGACCAUCAUCUUGCGGUUUCGUACCUUUCCGAUCGCCCUGGUUGGUGACAUAGCCAAAAUGUACCGACAAGUACUUGUUCACCCCAACGAUUCUCCUUUGCAGCGCAUCCUUUGGCGAUUUUCAAACCAGUCUCCAGUCCAGAUAUACGAACUACUCACUGUUACGUAUGGUCUCGGUCCAUCUUCUUACCUGGCAACACGAACUCUACAGCAACUGGCAGAAGAUGAAGGUCGAACAUUCACUGCAGCUGGCCCAGCACUUAGAAAGGGUUUCUACGUGGACGAUUUUAUUGGUGGAGCUCAAACCGUGGAAGAAGCAAUCCGUCUUCGCAUAGAGCUCGCUGAACUAUUGGAAAAGGGAGGAUUCGCACUACGCAAAUGGACCCCUAACCGGCUCGAAGUUCUGCAAGGUCUCACCGAUGAUCAGAUUGGCAUGCAAUCCGCUUUGCACUUUUAUCCAAAUGAAACCAUUAAGGCAUUGGGGAUUAGUUGGGAGCCCGAAGCUGAUUUCCUUCGUUUCGACUCACAGAUUCGACACAGCGAUGAACACCCGUCAAAGCGAACGAUUCUCUCCGACAUAGCACGACUAUUCGACCCUCUUGGAUUAAUCGCCCCUGUCGUCGUCCGAGCGAAAAUUUUAAUGCAGGAACUGUGGCUUCUAUCCUGCGGCUGGGAUGAUCCUGUACCAGAACCCAUCAAGUCUAAAUGGGAAAGCUACCAUCGAGAACUGGCAAAGAUUUCGGAGCACCGUGUAGACAGGUAUGCCUUAUUACCCGGCUCAUCUAUUCAACUGCACACCUUUGCAGAUGCUUCCCAAUCCGCAUACGGUGCAUGCACGUACGCUCGCUGUGAAGAUGGACGAGGAAGAGUGAGGAUCCAGCUUUUGGCUUCAAAGUCACGCGUCGCCCCACUGAAGCGAAUCAGCAUCGCUCGAUUGGAACUGUGUGCUGCCGUGCUAGCUGCUCAUCUGCACACCCACAUCAAAAAGGCCAUCGACGUCAACAUAAUAGCAUCCUAUUUCUGGUCCGACUCAGCUGUCACUCUACAGUGGCUACGAUCUCCACCAAACGUAUGGCCCACGUUCGUUGCCAACAGAGUGUCAGAAAUCCAGCAGUACACACACGUUCCUGGAGAAGAAAAUCCAGCUGACCUGGUUUCGCACGGUAUGUCUGUCGAAGAUUUCCUCAAAAGCUAUUUGUGGACUAACGGUCCCAGUUGGUUAACACAUUCACUGCAAAAUUGGCCCAAUUCGAUACCCCCAGGUGUCCCAGAAGAAGAACUGGAAAUAAAAACAACCGUCGUUGUCGCUCAAGUAACACCUACAGUGCACCCCUGGUUUCUACGAUGGUCAUCAUACAAUCGCUUUCUUCGCAUCAUUGCAUACUGUAUGAAAUUCGUCACCAAUACCCGAGCAAAAGUGCGCACGCAGCCCCCACCGACUCCCAUCGACCGAUCACUUACCGUCGACGAAAUAACAAAAUCAAAAACGCUUCUCAUUCGUUUGGCUCAACAUGACGAUUUUGCUGCGGAAAUAAAACAAUUGGAGGAAGGCAAUUCAGUUUCGAAGCGUUCCCCCCUUCACUUGAUGAGCCCAUUUAUAGACCCAGAGAGAGUGUUGAGAGUGGGAGAUCGUUUGAAUCUGUCGCAAUUACCCUACCAAGCAAAGCACCCUGCUUUAAUUCCUACCAAUCAUCCGCUAACUCGCCUCAUCGUCGAACAUUUUCACCGGAAACUAUUCCACGGCGGCGGACUGACUGCUGCUGACAACAAUUCGAGAGGAAUUCUGGCCCCCCAGAGGUCGUAA